GUUGCAUCUUUCAUUAAAUAUAAUUCUUGAUCAUUUCAGAAUAUUUCUUGAAUUUUUAAAUAAACCUGUUAAUGACAACGAGAUGCAGACGAUUAAGUGUGUAGUGGUUGGUGACGGAGCUGUUGGUAAAACCUGUCUACUUAUCUCUUACACAACCAACAAAUUCCCUUCAGAAUAUGUUCCAACAGUUUUUGAUAAUUAUGCCGUUACGGUUAUGAUCGGCGGGGAACCGUACACUCUAGGAUUGUUUGAUACCGCUGGUCAAGAGGAUUACGACCGGCUCCGGCCGCUCUCCUACCCACAGACGGACGUUUUCCUGGUGUGUUUCAGUGUUGUAUCCCCCUCAUCCUUCGAGAACGUGAAGGAGAAAUGGGUUCCUGAGAUAACUCAUCACUGUCAAAAGACUCCUUUCCUUCUGGUCGGAACACAAAUAGAUUUGAGAGAUGAUAAUGCUACAAUCGAAAAAUUAGCGAAGAACAAGCAGAAGCCUCUGAGCCUGGAGAUGGGUGAGAGGCUGGCCAAGGAGCUGAGAGCUGUCAAGUAUGUCGAGUGCUCUGCUCUCACACAGAAGGGUCUUAAAAAUGUUUUCGAUGAGGCUAUAUUGGCGGCUCUUGAGCCUCCAGAACCCAUAAAGCGGAGGAAAUGUACCCUACUCUGAAUCUGUUGCUAAAUUCUGUUCAACUAACACAUUUUUCUCUUGAAGGAAUAUUCUUAAAAUGAUUUAUUAUUUUUACAUUGGUUUAUAUUUAUCUAUUCAAAACUGGUUUCUACCAAUCUACGAAUGAAUAUAGGUGUGUUUUUUGUCAAUUAGUUUAACACAAUUCUAAAUUUAAACUUGUCCAAUCAUCUUCACAAGUCUAUGCCGGGCUGUCACGGUUAAUCACAAUUCUGUCAGGGGAUCACGAUUUCGACUUGAACGCGUUUAAAUGAAUUUUAUGAAUGGAAUUGGACGAACCAGAAUUUAAAUAUGAAUUAGUUUUUACUAUUUAUUGUGCGCUAAGAACGUGCAGAUCCGGUUUGGAUGUUUUUUUUCAAAUACUCUGUACGUAACAUCCUAAUAAAGAUGAAAUAAGUACAGAUUAAUUUAAUAUCUAAUUACAAUUCGUUCUGUUUCAAGAUUCAUGAACAGUCUCUUUGAGUAAACUUUUGCAGGAGUUAUGAUAAACAUAAAUUAAUAACCGGUUUUUUUUCUGGCUAUGGAAACAAACAUUGCUUUGCGAAAUUUCUUCACUUACAAAAAACAUUUUUUUCUUUAAAUUCGCAAUUAAGUUUUUUUCCUUUUGAAUUCUCUAAGCAAUGUUAUAGAUUUACUUCCAUGUAUUGGUACUUCCUAAGGUCACGCUGUACAGUUGCGUACACUGCACGGUUGUAAUCUGACCAAACGUAUACUGGUUUUCUAACGGCAGUACAUUGACUUGUUUCGUCAUAAGUACUGACUUCAAGUUUUCAUUAGUGUUACUUAACAAAAGCAACAUUGAUCUUCGCUUGAAAAAUAUAUCAAUAUUUUUUGUGAUUGAAUUUUUGUGGAAGCAUUGAUACUUCAAAUCUACCAUAACUAUUAUUUUUCUGUAUUACUUUAAUCGGCCAAAAAAUCAAAUUAUACCUGCGUUAACUGGAAUUUCUGUAAAUACAUUAAUUCAAAUGUUUUAUACCAAUUAGAAAAUAAUAUUUUCCUAUCUAAAAUAUAUAUUGUAAAUCAG